UUAUUAAUCAAUUAAUGUAGCAACAAGAAGUGUUUUAUGUCCAAAAAUUAUAUUAUGAAAAUGUAAAAGCUCGCCGAGGAUCUUAUUUUAUAAGAAAUUGUAUGGACUAACACAUCGAAGGGAUGGCUAUUUUAUGUAAUAGACGACGCUAUUUUAGAGUUAGGAAUUUUCAAUUCAAACUAUUUACAUUUUCUAUUAGUUUCCUGUUUGUGUUUGUUUUAUUUCAACUUAAAGGUCUACAGAACUCGAUAUAUUAUGGAGGGCGUAAAUCAUUUUGGAAUAAUACUGACCAAAUUCUAUCUGAUCUUAAAGAAAAGGGAAGUUCAAAUAUCAUGCCAUUGAACUCAUUGUUGUUGGAUACCGCAUUUCGGGAAGAUCCUGUGAAAUUGUUUGAAGCGUUUGAUUCCGUAGAAUUAUUGUUUGUUGUGAAAUCGCAUAUACUUAAUUUUGGUAAACGAGAAGCUAUUCGUCAGACGUGGGGACACGUAAAACAACUUCGAAUAAAAAUUAUCUUUGUCCUUGGGCACUUACAUAAUAUGGACCAUUUUGCUGAUUUAGAAUCAAAAUUACAUAAGGAUAUAAUUCAACUAAACAUAGAAGAUAAAUACGAAAAUUUAGUUUAUAAAACUAUAUAUGCAUUGCUUUCCUUAUCGAAACUUAAUAUCGAAACCGAAUAUGUACACUGUGUAGAUGAUGAUCGUUUAGUUAACGCAAUAAAUGUAUACGAUAUAGCAAGACAAAACAUUGCACAAUCAGAUACGGUAAUGUUAGGAUUUAUGGUAAACUUAUCCCGACCAGCUAGAACUAUGACUUCAAAAAAUUAUAUUUCAUUCGAGGAUUAUCCUUUUCUAUAUUUCCCGUCUUAUAUUAUAGGAGGAACCAUAUUAACAAAUAUGAAAACGAUACAUAUGCUUUCAAUAGGGAUACAACAUGUACGGUUAAUCCACAUAGAAGAUGUUUACAUUGGAAUUGUUGCAACAGCUUUCAAGAUAGAAAUGCGACAUCAUUCAGGGUUUCAUCCCUUUAAAAAAACCGUUUUAUCGUUUAGUAGUUAUUUAUCAUCUCCUGGAUAUGAUCAUGCAGAUGCAUUAUUAAGAGACUGGACUCUCAUUGAACAAAACGAAAAGAUCAAUACGUAACGUUAACUCUUACAAUUUUCGAACUUAAGGAUCUUUGCUUGUCAUGUAUUAGAUUUUGUUGUCAGAUUUUCGAAAUCCUCUGGUUUUAUCUAUUUAAUUGCCUUACAAUGUUUUGCCCACUUACCCCCAAUUUUCUAUUUACAUGUAUAAUUAUAAGUCAUCUGUUAAUUGUUUCUUAAAUCUUUGUUAGUUUUUAAUAGUUUUUUAGAACUUAAAGUUGUCAAUGAUAAAACUAUGAAAAAUUAAAAGAGAAU